GGGUAAUUAGAUUAGGAGGGUAUUAUAAAUAGCCUUAGAUCAUCAUACGUUUAAUGGCCGUCGAGUUCUGUUUCGCUUUAUUUCUUCCGGCGCUUAUAUGAAAUGAAAAGAGAGAAAAUCAUGGCAUGAGAUUUCUCAGUUCUCGAUAGGAUUUCCAGGCUUUUCUGUUCUUCUAUCUUCAACUACACGUUAAUUUCCCGUCAUUUCUUGAAAAAGCUGCGAUCUUUCUCUUCCCCUGCGCUAUAUAAACCCUUCACAGUCCCCGCUUUUAAUCACUCUCUCUGUUCUUCUCUGCUCUAACCCACCAUAUCUUCCAGAGUAUAUAUAUAUAUAUAUAUAUAUAUAUAUAUAUAUACUUGGCAGAUCAAAAUUUGGGGAGGAGAUGGUGGCGGCGGCGGCGGCGGUGGUGGUGAGAGAUUACGACCCUAAGAACGACUGUAGGGCGGUGGAGGAGGUUGAGAGAAUAUGCGAAGUGGGCCCCGGCGGCAAACUCUCCAUAUUCACUGACCUUUUGGGUGACCCAAUUUGCAGAGUUCGAAACUCCCCCGCUUAUCAAAUGCUUGUUGCCGAGGUUGUCGUGCAAAAAGACGGCGGCGAAUGGCGGGAGAUUGUCGGGAUGAUCAGAGGCUGCAUAAAGACUGUGACUUGCGGGAAGAAAGUGUCCAGAAAUGGAAAGGGCAAUCUCCCUCUCCCGGUUUACGCCAAAGUUGCUUAUAUCCUGGGCCUUCGCGUCUCUCCUUUUCACCGGAGAAUGGGAAUUGGGUUGAAACUGGUGACGAAAAUGGAGGAGUGGUUUAGAGAAAAUGGAGCCGAGUAUUCAUACAUGGCGACCGAGAAUGAUAACCAAGCUUCUAUUAAUCUGUUUACUCAUAAAUGCGGGUACUCGAAGUUUCGGAAACCGUCGAUCCUGGUUCAGCCCGUGUUCGCUCACCGAGUUGGGGUGUCGAGCCGAGUCACGAUCAUAAAGCUGAGUCCGGGCGACGCGGAGGUGUUGUACAGGCGGAGGUUCUCGACGACGGAGUUUUUUCCGCGGGAUAUCGAUUCCAUUCUGCGGAAUAGUCUGAGUUUGGGGACGUUUCUGGCGGUGCCGAAGGGGCGGUACACGGCGGAGACGUGGCGGGGGGCGGAGGAGUUCUUGGCCGAGCCGCCGGAGUCGUGGGCGGUGCUGAGCGUGUGGAACUCGAUGGAGCUGUUCAAGCUGGAGGUGCGGGGCGCGUCGCGGAAGCUCCGGGGGUUCGCCCGGACGACCCGGGUGUUGGACCGGGCUUUCCCGUGGCUGCAUUUGCCGUCGGUGCCGGAGGUUUUUAGACCGUUUGGGCUGCAUUUUUUGUAUGGGCUGGGCGGGGAAGGCCCAUUAUCGGUGAAAUUCAUCACGGCUCUAUGCGGCUUCGCUCAUAAUCUGGCUAAGGAGCGCGGCUGCGGCGUGGUGGCCACGGAGGUCUCCCCAGCCGACCCGCUCAGCCUGGGGAUCCCCCACUGGAAACGGCUAUCGUGCGCCGACGACUUGUGGUGCAUUAAACGGCUAGGGGAGGACUACAGUGACGGGGCUGUCGGUGAUUGGACUAAGUCACAACCUGGUCUCUCCAUUUUUGUUGAUCCCAGAGAAGUCUAAGUGGCCCAUCUCCUACAAGUAGAAGCCACAAUCUAAUUUAGAGGUUUAAUAUAAAAAAAAAAGUUCAAAGAAAAAAAAAAGCUUGUCUUUUUGUAGAUCAAUCAUCUCUUUUCUCUUCUUACCUUUUUCAUGUCUUAGUGUUAUUAUUAAAUUAACGUUGUUUAGUCACCUUCUUUCUAGCUUUUCUUUUCUUGGCCGGGGAAGAUUUUGUCUCAUGAAAAUAGAAGCUAAGGAAAAUCUCUUGCUCUUUUAGUCCUUUGCUUUUUAGGCCUUUGUAAAUGGGGUGGAAUAUCCCCUUUUCUUUCUUUAUUGUAAUUAAAUAGAUUUCUCCUUUUAUA